CUGGGAACAUCGACUUGUCCUCUUGUAUGAAUCCAAAUAUUUUACCUUUCGUUUAGUAGCACCGUUGAUGCGUUUAUCCCCUCUGCUGCCCAGUGUAAGACAUAGCAGCCUAGAGGAUUCGCUCCCUGCGCCAUCACUUUCAAAAUUUCAGCUCCCUUAUUUUUUUUCCUCUGCUCUUCAUCUGGGAUGACACUUAACAAGAGGAGAAUUUUUUUCUUUCCCUCACCCUGUUGAAAUAUCAUCCUUAUCCCCCCUUCCCUCCCCACCAAAAAAGAAAAAAAAAAAAAAAAGACUCUUGCCCUUGCACCGUCAGUCGAUAGUAGCAAGGCAGUCUGGCGGGCUCAGGUCUCAGAAAAGGGAACGUAGGGCACAAGUGUCUCUUGCCCUUUUCAGUCUUAACUCACGGAUCAAGUAUUCCUUCAGGAGCCUCACAAGGUGGAGACAGCCUUCGAGAAGCGCUUGAGAACGGGAGAAAUCUUCUCAGCCGCUCCAGGAAGCUCCAGUGGGCCCUGUUGCCGAGAUCCCCCCCAGCCCUGAAUUCUUCCUACCCAAGAAGAGAAUCUGCUUGCCUGUGACAAGAUGACAAACCAUGGAGAUGACUGCUACUUCUUCUAUUAUUCAACAUGCACGAAGGGUGACAGCUGCCCUUUCAGACAUUGUGAGGCUGCUAUGGGCAGUGAGACUGUCUGUAACUUAUGGCAGGAGAACCGCUGUUUUCGUAGUGGCUGCAGAUUUCGUCAUAUGGAAAUAAAGAAAAACCGUAAGGAAAUUGCUUGCUAUUGGGAGAAACAGCCAGGUGGCUGUCAGAAACCGCACUGUGCCUUCUACCAUGAGAAGCCACGUUUCUUUGAUGGGGUUUUUGUGCCCCCCUCUAGAGUUGUGAAGAAGGAAGGAGAGGAGGAACCACCUCUGGAGGACUCAGCGGCCGCUGUACCUGCGCCAAACUCUAACCCAUCCAACCCCCAGCUCAGAGGGGUCAUUAAGGCCGAAACACAAGAGAAUGUCCCCAGUCCUACCCAUCCACCUGUGGUCAUCAACCCUGUAGAUGAUGAUGAGGAUGAUGAUGAUCAAUUCUCAGAGGAAGGAGAGGAAAAUUCACCACGCAAACUUGCCAUGGGCUCCAGUAAAGAUGAUUCCUUGGACUUUGGUAUCAAAACUCUGGAGGAGAUAAGACUAAGGAAGGCUCUUAAGGCUUCACUGAAGAAAGCUGGUCACCCUUCUGCACAGAUGUCCCAUGGCUCUGAUACUUUAACACUAGUCACAUCACAUAAUAAUGGAGCCAGCACUGAGAAAGAGAACAUACGGCUGUUCAAGAAGCCAGUGACUGUCAAUGCAAAGAAUGACUCACCCAUUUUGGAAGAAGUUGGAAAACGAAAACUUACUGAUAGACUUGGGAAAAGAAUCAUUAAGAAAGACCAGCCCAUGGAUGGUGAGCUGCCUCUAAAGCGCAGCCUUGCUGAGCGUUUGGGUGGAAUAGUGGACUCCACUGUAGAGGACACUGAUCAGUCUCCUCAGAAAUCUCUGAAACCAAUUCGUGAAAGACUCGGGUUGACUGCAGAGCUCAACGCACCUGAAGCACCUUCAUCUAGUAGCGAAGCAAAGUCCUCAGGAGAGAUUCGAAUUAAAACUCUUGAGGAGAUCAGACAGGAGAAGGCUGUCAAACAGAAUCAAGCCAAGCAGAAUCAAGGGACCACAGCACGUACUAUAGCAGCUGUAGACACCAAAAGUACAUGUCCCACUAAAAGAAGUGAGAAAUCCACUGCUGGACCCCAUGUGAAAACAUUCUCUGAAAUUCUUCAUGCCAAGAAGAAACUGGAGGAGGAACAAAAGAAGUUACAGGAGUGUAGCCCAGAGGUUACAAAUUCAAGCAAAAAUGAUUGCCCUUCAAACGCAGGAGCCUCAGUAAAAACAGCUACCCAGACUGGAGAUGUUCGAGUGAAAACCCUGGAGGAGAUCCGCAAAGAGAAAGCAGCAAGGUUACAAGCUCAGGCCCAAGAGCCCUCAAAUGCUGAGAACUCUGCCCCUAAUGACGGUGCCCCCAAGAGACGAAUUCUACGUAUUAGCAAAACUUCUGUAGCGGGCAACGCUAAGGCUCAGAAGAAAGUGGAGGUUUCUGAGAAAAAAGCCGAACCUGCUACAGAGGCUGCCUCAGUGAAUAAGAAAGAAGAAACCUCUGGUGAGGUAGUUAAAGUGAAGACGUUUGAGGAGAUCAUGAGAGAGAAGAGGCUCCGCCAGCAGCAGGAGGAGCAGGUGUCCUCUCCUGCUCAGUCAGUGAAACCAUCUGAAUCUGCUAUGAAGCAAACCCCUGCACUGUCUGGAAAAGAGCAGUCAACUACUGUUCAAGUGGCUGCACCGGCAGUGUCCCAGCCAAAUUCAGAACUCUCUCCUCAACCAAAACGACCACGUAUUUCCCUCAAACCCAAGGCUACAUCACUUGUUCCUGUAGUUGUGCCUCAACAGAGUUUGUCCCAAGAACAGGGCAAGGCAAACUCACCUAACUCCAGUCCUAAGAAACCCAGCACAGGGUCUACACUCAAACUACCUGUGCCACUGGCUGAAGAUGCUCCCUCUCCAGUUCCCAUCUCUGGGCACUCUCAAACCGAGGACACCCAAGAAAUCCACAAGAAGUCCCCGGGCCAGGCAAUGGAACCGAAAGUGAGGCCCAAAUUGAAUGUGAAACCAUCUGUUGUGAAACCAGCGGCUCAGGUGAAACCCGGCCAAAAAAGGAAAUUGUCAGGGAACCAUCGCUCGGCAGUUGUGGCAGUGAAGCCACUGAAUACUGCCUCUGCUGCUCAGGAGGAGCAACUACAAGAGCCACCCUGCAAGACUAUAGAGGGGUUGGCAUCAUCUUCGAGUGCAGAUACCAGUCAGAAUCCUCUGUUUUCACCCAGCGCCAAUACAGAAUCAGAACCCAGCGUUCUUCCUGAUGAAGUCCGGCCACUUGAAACUAAUAGCCUUUCCCAGCUGAGAGCAAACACAGAAUCUGUAACAGUACCUCAAAGCCCUAUAAUGAAGACAACCAUCCAGAGUAAGGGACGGCGGUCAAGCACAUUAUCAGCCAGGGCCCCUGUUGUCAGCAGUUCUUCUACAGUGGACGACUUUGAGGAGCUGAUGAAUGAGUUCACUGAUGACCGCCUGGAGGAUGAGAUGGAGCUUGACCCUGGCAAAGGAGAGGAUGACCUUUUGCUUGAGCUCUCAGAGAUGAUAGACAGUUAGAAAUUGACCCCAGAGGAUUUGGACUGCUUUCUACCUAUUUGCUACCUAUUUACAACUUACCUUUUAAGACUCUUCAGCCACUGCCACAAAGGAAUACAACCAAGUUCUAAAUUAUUCAGCAAUAUCUAAUUGGAAAUGUAUAAUAGCUUUUUAUCCCUAAACCCAAGACCUACCAGUUCUGCAUUGUAUCUCUUGGGGAGCAUAUUAUGCUUAUGGAUAUUUUUUGUUGUUGCUGUUUUUUUUUGUUUGUUUGUGUUUUUUCCCUCAGUGAGUACGGACUUCUUUUAAGAUUUGAGUCUCCGUGUUAAGGUGUCUUUACUCUGCAGAUUGUAGUGCUGUUUUGUUUUCAUUUUAUAAUGUUCUAUUUCUGCAUAUUCAGUGACAUUUUAAAUAUCUUAGUUAAGUCUUUUUCAUUUACAAACAUAACUGAAGCCAAGAUGAACAAGCCAUCAAGACUCCCUCAGGUCUAUUCUGUAACAUUUCUGAUGCCAGUCACCAAGUUGAGCCGGCUAGCUCUUAAUUAAGAAUGGAAAAUCAUGUAUCAUUGAUGCAGAAAGUGUUACUCUGUAUACUGUGUAUGCCUAAGAGAGCUUUUAUAUGAGAGACAUGGUGACUAGCAAGGGUAAUUUUUGCUGCACUUUGAUCAGUUUCUCUGUUUUACUUGCACAUUUUUUCUGUGUAAAAGUUUAUCAAAGGUUGUGACAAUGAAUAGCAUCUUUAAGUUAUCGUAACUGGGCCAUUUUGCUUAAAAAUGGCCUUUUUUUUGGGAAAUAGGGGAAAUUGUGUAAUGUUGAAAUUAUUGUGUAAAUUCAGGACAUGUACUUUGAAACGGAGGACAAAGUGUUUUAGUUUAAAAAACCCAAGUGUAUAGAGGACUUCUGACAAUUUAAACCAUUUAUUCAGAUUUGUGCAGAUAAGAGUGAGUGCUGUCUUGCCUUACUGUACAGUAGCAUGUUUUUUCCUUUUUAUCAUAAGUUUUACUGGGGACCAUUCUGUGUCUUUUUUGAGUGAUAAGGAAAAAUUCAGUUGUAUUAACACUAUAAAAGGCCUUUGUCUCCCAUAACAUCGAAUUUCCCUGUGGAAAGCAGAAAAAAAAAACAUUUUACUGAGCUGUAAAUGUGAAAGACUUUUCUCAGGGACAAUGUUCAGCAGUUUGUUUCUGUUAACUGUGAUGAAUUAAUCAAAUGUUCAAUUUCAGUCUGUUUGAUGAAUUCGUCUUCAGAUCCAAUACCUCCCUUUGUUUAUCACCACACUGGUGCAUGUUAACCUAGACCACACAUUCAACAUUAAGGAUUCAUCUAGAAAAAUGUUAUACCAGCUUGCAGUUGUCAAAAUUGACUUGGAUGUAUCUCUGUAAAUAAAAGAUUCUUUUAGAGAAAA